AUGUUCGAACCGACAUCAGUGGACGCAUCGGCGCUGUUAUCGCACAGCGGCCAAGGCCAGGGCCACGUCAUCAACUGCACCAGUGCCCUCCUCUCCCCUUCAGAGCACAAGUUUUCAAUUAGUGACCACGAAUGCCUUGGUCUUGCUUGGCCCGUCGCAAAAUUUCGACCGUACUUGUCUGGCGGCAGCUAUUCGGUCAUCACAGGCCACCACGCGCUGUGGUUGCUCUCGCCCCUCAUAGAUCCUACUGAACGAUUUGGUGGCUGGACACUAAAGCUUCAAGAACUUGAUGCCCUUUACAAGUCCGGGGCCAUGAACCAGGACCCCGACUACCUAUCACAUCAUCCCGUGGGCCCUUUCGAUACUACUGUGCAUGAUUCUGACACCUCCGUCCUCGCCAUCUCCGACUUGAGUGACAUACAAAAGCAACAGUAG